AUGGCGUCCGGACGCAAGGAUUUUCUUAGCCAACAGGCACCGGAGAACUAUGUGGCCGGUCUGGGUCGUGGUGCGACCGGUUUCACCACGCGCUCUGACUUGGGACCUGCGCGCGAAGGCCCGACACCCGAGCAGAUCCAGGCCGCUCUGACGAAACGAGCUCAGCUUCUGGGAGCUGCUGCGCCGACCGCUUAUGGUGCUCAAUCACGCGAAAAGGGAGGGAAGGAUGAUAAGGAAGAGGAGGAAGACGAACGUUUCCAGGAUCCUGAAAAUGAUACAGGCCUAUUUGCCUACGGGCAAUUUGACCAGGAGGACGAUGAAGCAGAUCGCAUCUACCAAGAGGUAGAUGAGAAGAUGGACAGACGCCGGAAGAUUCGAAGGGAAGCUCGAGAGCAACAAGAACGCGAUGAUUACGAACGAAAGAACCCGAAAAUUCAGCAACAGUUUGCCGACUUGAAGCGAUCCCUCGCUGCGGUCUCCGAGGAGGAUUGGUCCAACCUACCCGAGGUUGGUGAUCUGACGGGCAAGAACCGACGAGCCAAGCAGAACCUACGCCAGCGAUUUUAUGCCGUUCCCGAUAGCGUCAUCGCAGGCGCUCGAGAUGCGGGUCAAUUUGAUACCUCGAUUGCCGAAGAUGGUGCUCAACCAGGCGAUGAAGAAAGCACAGAUGGAACUAUGACGAAUUUCGCAGACAUCGGUGCUGCGCGUGAUAAGGUUUUGAAAGUGAGACUGGACCAAGCUGCACUUGGAUCAACUUCCGACGCCGCUUCUGGAAGUUCGACCAGUAUCGAUCCCAAGGGCUAUCUUACCAGCCUUACUCAAUCAGAAAUGAAAGCUGGAGAACUCGAGGUUGGCGACAUCAAACGAGUUCGUGUACUACUGGAAUCUGUCACCAAGACCAACCCCAAGCACGCCCCUGGAUGGAUUGCGCUUGCACGUCUUGAGGAACUUGCAGGCCGGAUUGUCGCUGCCAGGAAUAUCAUCGCUAAGGGUUGUGAGCUUUGUCCAAAGAGCGAAGAUGCUUGGCUCGAGAACAUCCGAAUUAAUGAAGGACAUAACGCCAAGGUCAUUGCAGCCAACGCCAUUAAGAAUAAUGAUCACUCCACCAGGUUGUGGACUGAGGCCAUGAAACUUGAAACAGAUACUCGGGCCAAGAAGAAUGUACUGAGACAAGCUAUUCUCCACAUUCCCCAAUCAGUCCAGAUCUGGAAAGAAGCUGUCAACCUGGAGGAGGAUCCCGCAGAUGCGCGUCUUCUUUUAGCUAAGGCCGUCGAAAUGAUCCCCUUGUCGGUGGAAUUAUGGCUCGCUCUUGCUCGACUAGAGACACCAGAGAAUGCGCAGAAGGUUUUGAAUGCUGCUCGUAAGGCUGUUCCCACAAGUCACGAAAUUUGGAUUGCUGCAGCCCGUCUUCAAGAACAAAUGGGCACUUUCGAAAAGGUCAAUGUCAUGAAACGUGCCAUUCAAUCUCUAGCUCGCGAAAAUGCAAUGUUAAAGCGAGAAGAGUGGAUUGCGGAGGCCGAGCGAUGCGAAGAAGAAGGUGCCGUUCUUACUUGCGGAUCCAUUGUUCUCGAGACUCUUGGGUGGGGCUUAGACGAAGAUGACGACCGGAAAGACAUCUGGAUGGAGGACGCCAAGUCCAGCAUUGCACGUGGAAAAUACGAAACUGCGCGCGCUAUUUACGCAUACGCACUACGAGUUUUCAUCAACCGCCGAUCAAUUUGGAUUGCUGCUGCCGAUUUGGAGCGCAAUCAUGAUGAUAAAGAAGCUCUCUGGCAGGUCCUCGAGAAAGCUGUUGAGGCGUGCCCCCAGAGCGAGGAGCUGUGGUUGCAACUUGCCAAAGAAAAGUGGCAGUCCGGAGAGAUCGAUGACGCUCGACGAGUCCUCGGCCGUGCUUUCAACCAGAACCCUAACAAUGAAGAUAUUUGGCUGGCAGCCGUCAAACUCGAAGCAGAUGCCAAGCAAACCGACCAAGCAAGAGAACUACUGGCCACUGCUCGCCGCGAAGCUGGUACCGAUCGCGUCUGGAUUAAGAGUGUUGCUUUCGAACGGCAGCUAGGUAACAUCGACGACGCCCUGGAUCUCGUCAACCAAGGAUUGCAGCUUUACCCCAAGGCUGACAAGCUUUGGAUGAUCAAGGGCCAGAUCUACGAGGCUCAAAAUAAGUUUCCACAAGCCCGGGAGGCAUAUGGCACAGGAACCCGUGCCUGUUCCAAGUCCGUCCCGCUGUGGCUCCUUGCCUCGCGGCUGGAAGAAAAGGCCGGUGCUGUUGUCCGGGCUCGAUCUGUGCUGGAUCGUGCCCGCCUAGCCGUGCCCAAGAGUGCUGAGCUCUGGACAGAAAGUGUUCGUGUGGAACGACGCGCAAACAAUCUUGGCCAAGCGAAGAUUCUUAUGGCCAAGGCGUUGCAAGAGGUUCCAGCUUCUGGCCUUCUAUGGAGCGAGAGCAUCUGGCAUCUUGAACCCCGUGCUCAACGCAAAGCUCGCAGUUUGGAGGCUAUUAAGAAGGUGGAUAACGACCCGAUUCUAUUUAUCACAGUGGCACGCAUUUUCUGGGGCGAGCGACGACUAGAAAAGUCGAUGACCUGGUUCGAAAAGGCCAUUGUCUCCGAUAGUGACUAUGGUGAUGGUUGGGCUUGGUAUUACAAGUUCCUGAUGCAACACGGAACAGAGGAAAAACGGUCCGAUGUCGUGUCCAAGUGUGUCUCAACCGAACCCAAACACGGCGAGGUGUGGCAAUCGAUUUCGAAAGACCCAGUCAAUGCCCAUAAACCUACGGACGAAUUGUUGAAGAUUGUUGCUAAUACAAUCAAUUGA